AUUAUGCAGACUGAUGCGAGCAGUAACAUUACGAUGUAAGUAUCGAUAUUGGAUAUUGUGAUAAACUGCUCACAUCGCUAGAUUCCGAGCAACAAAAAAGCGACGAGGUGUCAUUGUUAUUUUUUCUAAUGCAAUGUAAUGCAGCGAAUUUGCACAUACUAACAAGUGAAACGCGGUGUAUGUUUAAUCCUUAUCGAGGAACAAAAUCGAUGUAAAUGCGCGACCAGAGAAAACAGGCAGCACUACACCGAGGAUAAAACAAACAAGAAUUGAUUUGUUUGUCCGGCCAUUUCAGUGUGUGUGUGUGUCCGUGCGUGAACGUGAGUGCUUUUUUUUUUCUCCCGAGUGCCGCCAAGUGAAAUUGCACGCCACUGCAGUCGCAGCCUCACAAAUCCAAUCCUGAUCGACGAAACAGCGAAGCGAGGAGGCUAGAAUCGGUUGCCCAACGAAGAGAGCAAAACCGUUAACAAAUGACACUGCCGAUACAGCGAAGUAAAAAUUAAUAAUUAGAGCCAAGAGUUCAUCAUCAUACUCCUGUAAAUCGUAAAUCACCAUUACAAUAGCACAACAGAUUUCACCAAGAUAUAUAAAGUACAUGAAAUUCGAUUCCAGAGUCAUGUUAAAGAGCGCAAAUAACAAUUCUCCCCAGCACCCGGUGAGUGCACCAUCUGAUAUCAACAUGAAUGGCUAUAACCAAAAAUUGCCACAAAAACGGGGCUAUGAGAUGCCAAAAUACUCUGAUCCAAAAAAGAAAAUGUGCAAGGAGCGCAUUCCGCAGCCGAAGAACACGGUGGGCAUGCUGAAUGAGCUAAGACAUGGACUGAUUUACAAAUUGGAGUCACAGACUGGUCCGGUACACGCACCUCUAUUCACGAUAUCCGUGGAGGUCGAUGACCAGAAAUACUACGGCCAGGGCCGUAGUAAAAAAAUUGCACGCAUCGAAGCAGCAGCAACUGCACUGCGCAGCUUCAUACAGUUUAAGGACGGAGCAGUUCUGUCGCCUCUGAAGCCGGCGGGCAACUUGGACUUUACCAGCGAUGAACAUCUUGAAAAUGAUGUCAGCAAAAGUGCUAUUACUGUUGACGGUCAGAAGAAGGUUCCAGAAAAGGGUCCUGUCAUGCUCCUCUACGAAUUAUUUAAUGACGUUAAUUUCGAAUGCAUUAACAUUGACGGCGCCCAGAACAAUUGUCGCUUCAAAAUGACCGUCACAAUCAACGAUAAGAGGUUCGAUGGAACAGGUCCUUCCAAAAAGACGGCGAAAAAUGCGGCAGCUAAGGCGGCACUUGCUUCGUUAUGCGAUAUUUCCUACAGUCCAAUGGUGGUGCCACAGAAGAACGUGCCCCUGCCAAUCGACGACAAGUCGUCAUCGAUGGAGUUGCCUCAGAUACACGCCGAUACGAUUGGUCGAUUGGUCUUGGAAAAGUUCAUGGAAGUAAUCAAGGGUCAGGAGGCUUACUCGCGUCGAAAGGUAUUAGCGGGCAUUGUAAUGACUGAAAACAUGAAUUUUUGUGAAGCCAAAGUUAUUUCAGUUUCGACGGGCACCAAGUGUGUCAGCGGUGAGCAUAUGAGUGUGAACGGAGCUGUCCUAAACGAUUCCCAUGCUGAAAUAGUCUCCAGGCGUUGUCUUCUCAAAUAUUUAUAUGCACAGCUGGACCUUCAAUGCAAUCAGGCCACAGCAUAUCAGUCGAUUUUCGUGAGGAAUACUGAUGGGCAAUACCCUUAUAAACUAAAAUCCGGGGUACAUUUCCAUUUGUAUAUAAAUACAGCACCUUGUGGGGAUGCACGGAUAUUUAGUCCUCACGAAAACGACACUGGUGUUGACAAACAUCCAAAUAGAAAGGCUCGUGGCCAGCUGCGCACCAAAAUCGAGUCCGGUGAGGGGACGAUUCCAGUGAAAAGCAGUGAUGGUAUCCAAACGUGGGAUGGCGUAUUGCAGGGCCAACGCCUGCUAACAAUGUCGUGCUCGGAUAAAAUUGCCCGUUGGAACAUCUUGGGCAUACAAGGCUCCCUAUUGUCUUCCAUAAUUGAACCGGUGUACCUGCAUUCGAUUGUGCUGGGCAGCCUGUUGCAUCCGGAGCACAUGUACCGCGCAGUUUGCGGCCGCAUCGAGAAGUCCAUUCAAGGCCUGCCACCGCCGUAUCAUCUAAACAAGCCGCGCCUGGCACUAGUCACUUCGGCCGAGCCGAGGAAUCAGGCCAAGGCUCCCAACUUCGGGAUCAAUUGGACCAUUGGGGACACCGAGUUGGAGGUUGUGAACUCGUUAACUGGCCGAACCAUUGGCGGCCAGGUGUCUCGCAUCACAAAGCAAGCGUUUUUCGUUAAGUAUGGAUUUCUAAUGGCAAACUUGCCCGGUAUUUUAGUCCGCAAAGUAACCACAGACUAUGGGCAAACCAAAGCUAGCGUUAAGGACUAUCAGAUCGCAAAGCUAGAAUUGUUCUCUGCAUUCAAGCGAGAAGACCUUGGAAGCUGGCUGAAGAAACCCAUUGAACAAGACGAGUUCGGUCUUGCCGAAUGACUGCACUCAGCACUAUUAUAUAAUUUAAAAAAAGACAACACAGACAACGGCAAGCAAUUAAUAGAAUUAGACGACAUAGAUUUUAUGACAAAUUCUGAUAUAGAAUGCAAACUAUAUUGGGUGCAAACACAUCGCUAUGAUAUACCACUUCAUAUGAUUGACAACCUGCCAACCUUGCGUACCCAUUGCAAUAGCAAGCACAAAGAUGCUUAUGCUUGAAAUAUAAAGAAAAGCUCUAGAAUAUUUACAGAAAAGAAUGUAGUUUUUAUGCUGGAACUGAGUAAAGGAGUAUUAUGGCGUUUUUUUUUGAAUCAAUUCAUUUUCAAAUUGGCUAAAGCAAUUUCUUUCUCAUCUAAGUUUGUGACUUGUUUUGUUAUUUAAAUGAAUGCGAUGCGUUGCGAUGUCGUCGCAACCACACUGUCGAAACUUUCAAGUGAGUUGCGUCUUUCGUUUUCCGUAUUUUAUAUGGUAAUUAUGGUAAUAAACAAUGUUACGAAACAGUUAAAAGAUAUAUAUAAAACCAAAAACCAACAAGUAAACUCAAUGAAUAACAAUAAUGCAAACAGAAAGCUAGAAUUCGUUCUCUUAUCGAUUAAGCAAUGUAUUUUGUUAAGUAAUGUUAUUUGCAACGACAUAAUAAUUAUAAUAAUAAUAAAGCCACGCUUAAUAUAAACAUAAGAACAUUUUAGGUGAAUCUGCGUUAAUUUCACAUACUUUUCUUCAGAUCAGAUAUAAACCUAAGCUUUAAUCGAUUUUCAAUGAAUAAAACUGUGUUCUUGGUUGAAAAACUUUAUAUCUAUAUAAGAACCUGUUAUCAAUUAAAUUACGUAGAUUUCUUUGCAUAUUAGUUGAUACAAAUCACAAGCAAGCGAAAGCAGAUAAGAAGAUAUAUAUAUAUAUAUAUAUAUAUAUAUGUAUAUUAGUUACCAAUUUUGUAGCAAGCUGAUAAAGGCAUUUGAACUACCUAAGUCUUAUCAUGAAGCUUGUAUCGCCAUUUCGUAUAAUGUAGAAAGACAUACUAUAUUAGUUGUCGUUACUUGUACAUCAUUAUACCUUCUGUUAAACUAACUUCCGCCCUAAGUUCUUCCGGUUGUUCGUUCAAUUUGAAAUGGCAAUUGUUAAUGGUAAGAUCAAUACCUACUCUUCCAUCGUCAAAUGACGUAUUCCAAUUCAAAACAAGGCGAUUUGGCUCCUCUUUUAAUGUGUACUUGAAAAUGCUAAUAUGAAUGAUCUAGUCAAAUGUGGUAUUCUAAUAAAGCCAUAGUCUCCAACCAUUCAGUUAUGUGAAAUAAAUAUUACGUCGAAGUUGCAUAGAACACGAAAAUGAAAAAGACUGCAAGACAUUAGAGCAGCACAGCGUAUUUUGUUGCAGUUGCAGUUUGUCCGAAUCGUCUUAAUCAUGAAAAUACUCACGACCUCGAAAAUGUUUGAGUACCGACCUCUUGAGAUAUAAUUUUUCAUUUAAGGCCUUAAAUUUCUUUAAGAACUAAAAUUCAACCGCUUAUUUCGUCCAAUGCCGUUUAUAAUUAACAAACUACUUCGAAGUUUAAUUUUCUUUGACUUUCCCACAGUCCAUUUAAUGCUACUCUUAGUAGUAAUUUAAUUUACAUGAUUGCUUCGCAACGUGUUUCCUUAACUACCGAGUGAACCUGAUGGGCUGAUUAUGUUUUAAAUAUGAAAAAUGAUUAAUUGUUAACAUUUUCAGCGCGGCACGAAGUAGGCAAUUGAAUUUUGAAGUUUAUGGGAAAUUUGAUAAUACGAAAACCAUCAAGGCUUUUUCAAUGUGAAAUUAUAAUCUAUGUGGAGAGGACAUUAUUUAUAAUUUUCAAUAGUGGUAUUCUUCAAAUUACGUCGAUAGCAAAAAUUUAGUUAUAGAUUUCCUUUAAGUUCUAAGUGAUACAAGUACACCAUUUUUUUUCCUGCGCAUGCUAAAAAAUAUAUUGGCAUAGUAUUUGAGUAAAAGAAAAAAAAACUUGCGAGUUUUUCUCCAUUACUUGAUUAAAUAAUAAUAUGACGAUAUAAUUGACUUAAGUAAUAUUUGGAAAAUACCGCGUAUGAUGGAUAAACCAAAGUUGAUCUUAUAUAAAAUACUGUGAUACUAAAUUUUACUAGUACUUCCAGCAUAGCUGCAUUUUAUUCAUUCUUAAAUAUUCUAUGAUAAGCAGCAGCAGAUAAUAAUCAAUGACUAUAUAGGAAAACAAAAAUUUUUAAAUGGCAUGCACCAUGCUUGUCUACAUUAGAUUUUCAAGUAAGAAAUUUUACAAACUAGAUUAAUACGUAUGGAAAGGUGGGUAUAACAUUGGGACUCCUCAAAUAUCAUUUUUAAUUGCAAAACAAAACAAUAGGCUCUCGAUGCAGCAUACACAGGACAACUUCAGUCAACUAAUUUCUAUUGCGAUAAGAUACAUUAAAUGAAACCCUAUAACACGUAGGCUAGUCGUCAAAUCGGUAUAUUCAAGAAGCAGCUAAUAAACGUUCAACACGUAUUAGAAUACCAAUCUAAGAACACACAAUGAUAACUAUGAGAAUUUUUUAAUUAAACUUAGUUGGAAGAAGAUCAGACAUUUACAAUAGUAUGCUAGUCGAGUGCUCAACUCUUGUUAUGGAAUGGCUUUAACUAUUCACCUACUAAGUUGGUUUGCCUAUCGGUUCGCAUUCACAUUAUUUCAUAAUAUAAUUGAAACCAGCUUGGGAAUAAAUAGAAAUAGACAUAGACAUAGUAAAUAUCACAGUUUGAAAUGGAUAUUGUACUUGCAAGUUGGACUUACAUGAAUAAGUAUACAAAACAAAAGGUUGCUCAAAUUGCAAAACACUUUGAAAGUAUUUCUACAUCUUCCAAACAAAAAGCAGUCCUCAAAAACACACUUAGAUGCUUAUAGAACAUACCGGGUUUUACUAUACAUAUAUCCCGCAAAACCAGUGAUAAGAAGCCGCAUCGAGUCCCUACUACUACGUAUGAUGUUCUAGACCAAACCCAUAUACCAACUACCAUAUAGCAUGAAGAAUCUAAUCCAGCUGCAUACAUAUGUACGAACUAAAGGCAGCAAUCCGAAGCAGAUUUUAUUACCACUUGCAAUUGUAUGAAUAGUUAGGACAUAUGAUGUUUCGGGAGUUCAAAAACUGUAAGCAAUCAAUUAUCUGAGACACAACAUGCUAAACAUAUUGCAGAUCCAGCAGGAUGCCAAGAUUGAAUCUGUUUUACGUGCUCCUGAGAUCAAGAACCAUAUAUUAUUGACUUUCUGGGCUAAACGCGUUAUAAAGAAGACCAUAAUCAUAAUUUGGGCUUACCCACUAGGCAUUGCUUACGCAUAUUUCACUAAGUUUACGAAACGAAUAUUAAACUACCAAAGAAAUAAACAGUAUAAUUAUAGUAAAUUUACAUUUUCGAGCCAAAAACACCUUUUUUUUACAAAACAUCAAAUAUUUUUUUUUUUUUUUGAUUCCACCGAAACUUGCAAUUUUGAUGGAAAAGUGGGUUUAGGAAAUUAGCAAUGCGGACAUCCAAACAAAGAUGGCUGUUCUUUAGUUUACGAACAAGCCAGGAAGCCAGGAUAUUUACCAGGAAAUCAAUAUAUGCAUAACUUAAUAUAUAGAAAUACACACUUAUACGUAAAACUUUGUUCAUGAAAAAGAUUAGUGCAUAUAUCCAAAAGAUUUAAGCAAAUAAUAAACACUUAAUAUCUAAAUACACAGAACAAACUUUAAUAAAAACUAGGUUUACACUUCCUACACUUAAACUUCGCUUGUCCACGUUUCAAGAAAUUCGCUUGGAUAACGAAUCAAUAAAAUUCCAAAAUAGUAACAGUCUAGUCUGCGAAUUACAAAUUCUAUUUGCAGUUUAAGAAAUAUUCUUUCAAACACGAAAACACAAUACUUGCAAGAACGUAGAAAUCAAUUGCAGGCAUCCAAAAUUGCUCGUUUAGUUUUAAAAGAAAUCCGUAUGUACCAGGAAUUCAGUAUAUGCGUGGCUUAAUACAUAAAAUACAUACACACUUACUUAUACGUAAAUCUUUGUUCAAAACUUGAUCAAAAUUUAGUGCAAAUAGCCAGACGAUUCAAAUAGAAUAAUAGCGAGCAAGAAAGAGCAUUGUUAACAGCUACCUUAAACAUUUAAGUCGGCAAAAACAAAUGUAUCAAUAACUUAAACUUUUAAAAUAGAUUUUACGAUGGCCUUUUUGUUUUAUAAUCGACUGUCAGCCAAUAAAAUGAUCCCCACGUCAUUGAAGACGAAACCUAAACCCUAUAAGCCUAUGAAUAUUUACACAAUCGUUCGGUCUCCAACUAAUGUAAAUGAAAUUUAAUAAAUUACCAAUAAUAUAUAGAGAACAAAA